UGGUGUAUUGUUUAUGUAUUCUAAUUGUUAAUAUUGUGAAGAAUUUUCUAGUUCCUUUUAACAAAUUUGGUCACUUUAACAAAUAUAAUACUCGACAAAUAUAGAAUUUAAGUGAUAAUGGCGCGUUCUGCAAACUUUUUAGAUGCUGAUGGAAGUAUAAUCGAGCAAAAUCUGAGAUUUAUCAAAAAUGAAAUGGAAGAUGAGUUAAAUCAAUACUUUUCUGGCGCCAAAUCUGGUGCAACCACGAGUGAGUCUCUGGCACCUCCACGUGAUUAUAAGAUUGUACAACCAAAACCAGGCUUCUGCAUCAAAAGUUUCAAAACCAAUACGAACGAGAAAUUUUUCAUCAAUCUUUGCCAAACUGAAGAGAUACCGGAACCAGAAGACAUUACCGAAGAACAACUAGCAGACAUUUUGCAAUCGGAAGCGCCGAGCUCGUUUCGUAUUCCCAUGAGUAUUUCCGAUCCACGCAUAACUAAGGAUAAAUCAAAUAACUCAGUAGAUGUUUGCGACAUUGCCAUCAAUCCGAGAUUCUUCGUAAAGGUUCAGAAGUCAUUGCUAUUUAAGGAUUUUUUCCUAGCACUGAUUGCAGAAGCAUUGAAUGACAAGUACAAUGUACAAAUAAAAAUCGAGAAGUCAAUAAUUUUGCAAAAUCGAAAAUUUAUUGGCUCGCUGGUACAACAUCGUGUGCGUAACAAUGAUGUAAAAACAGUUAUAAACUCAUACAAACAAAUCUCUGUGGCUGAUAAGAAGAAACUAGAAGAACUGGAGCAGGGAAUAAGUGAGGUGAGCGGCAAGCAUGCACCACUAGUACAAGAGAUUGAUUCAAAUGAGGUCGACGUAUUAAAACAGAAAUCGCAACAAUUGAAACAGAAUUCGACUAAGAUUAAGCAGGCGAUAUCGCUGGCUGGAUCCACAGAGCCGGAGUACAAAUUACGUGCCAAAUUGUGCGAAGAGGUGGCGGAAGAGUUACUGGCCGAAUUCUAUCUACCUAAAUGUAUUUCUUCACAUGAUAUAAAAUUGGAUGUUGGAGAAGAUCGCAUUUUGUUGGAAUCGAUGAAGUAUGGCUAUAUGUUUGACAAAUUUGUUAACUACCGUUUAAAUCAAGAGCGUGCUCGUGCUAUUUUCGAUAAAACUAAUAAAAUGCUACAAGUUCGCAUUCCUGUCUAUCCAGUGCAAUAAGAAGUACUAAGUAUUUAUUAAAUUAUUUUCUAUAAAAAACUUUAAUGUAACCUUCAUUAUGCAAAUAAAGCUGGUGUGGAAGCCUUUAACCUA